AUGCCGGUAGAUCAGCGUUUACCAGUACUAAUCCACGACAGGAAUUCGAUAGCAGUUCCUGAUGAGUUUCGGUGCCCUGUGGUAGCCUUCAUACGCGCAGUUUGCACUAUGGCCUAUUGCACACCGAUCGAUGUAUUCGGUAUUGCAUUUCUGAAAACUGUGGUUGAUUCGCAAGAAAGUGGCAAGGUGGAGAACGACAUUCUCAUAUCUGUUUUAAAAAGUGAAGCUCGAUUUGAUGUUCAGGACAUCCAUGAAAGUGUAAAAACAACAAAAGUGCCAAUCAUUGUCCGAGAUCUUCACAUGACGAGUCCAGCCAAUCCCCUCAGGAUCAAGAGAAUAACCUCGAUCAGGACGAAGAAACUACGCUACGGAUAG